AUGCGCGAUACCGCCACCUCCACGCCCACCACACCUGCGCCAAUCGACACACGCCCGCUGUCAACGCCAACCCCUCCGGCGUCGCCUGCCCAUUCUGCGUGGUCGCCCAUGUCGGAGCUGGCCGACUGGAACGAGAACAUCAUCACUUUACCACGCCAGCCGGCGUACAAGUUCUUCACGGGUCGGCGUCUGGAGUACCUUGAGCUUCAUCUCCCCGAGUUCGUCGAGGCUUCUGCGGAGGGCGCUGAGGCGCGCAAACGUUCCUGGCAGUCCAUUGUCAGUGGCUACGUCGAGCUUUGGCCUGAGGACUAUUACCGCACCAGCGGCUAUGAUCCCGAUCGCAUCGCAGGCAUUCGGCGGAAGGUUGCCGGUCUCCACCACAGCGUCCCCAGCCGCAUCAAGGCGUGGCUCGCCAACCAGUCUCGCCGCCGUGCUUGA